GCUGACGGCUCCGUUCGUGUGCGUGAGGAGCGAGCGGCCAGAGGCUGGGGCUGGCGAGGAAAGGGAUGUAUGAAGAGAAAAGCAACAGCUGUCAGACAACGAUACCUCCGGGAGGCUGAAGGUGCGAGAGGGCACUGACAACAAGGCAGCGGAAUGGAGUCCAGGUGCUGUAGUCCGCCUGCUCGGUGGGCCAAGCCAGCCAUGUAUACAUUCCUUCUAGGAGGUGGCUUUGUUACCUUGGGAUCAAGUCGUAUCCUUCUAAUGAAAUACUCUGCCAAUGAAGAUAACCAGUAUGAUUAUCUUCCUGCAACUGUGAAUGUGUGCUCGGAAUUAGUUAAGCUGGUGCUCUGUCUGGUAAUGGCACUCUGGGUCACCAGGAAAGGAGGUAAUUCUCAUAGUGGAUUUGGCUGCAGCUCAUGGAGGCAAUUGAAUAGCUACAUUAAGUGGUCAAUUCCUGCCUUUCUCUAUUUUCUGGAUAACCUGAUUGUCUUCUAUGUCUUGUCAUAUCUCCAGCCAGCCAUGGCUGUGCUUUUCUCAAAUUUUGUCAUUAUAACAACUGCUCUCCUGUUCAGAAUUGUGCUGAAGCGGCAACUCUCCUGGGUGCAGUGGGCGUCCUUGCUGAUUUUAUUCCUGUCUAUUGUCGCCCUGACUGCCGGGACAGGAAGCCACAAGCAUACCUUGGCCAUGCAUGGGUUCCAUCACGACAUCUAUUUCAGCCACUCUAACAGUUGCCUGCAGUAUGCCAGCCUGGAGGAAGAGUGCUUGGGAAGAGAGAACUGCACGAGAAUGUGGCUUUUCCCCAGCUUAAGCUGGAACAUCACUGCUGCCACUGGAGCCCUGAGAACCAUUCCCCUUGGGCUAGGACACCUGCUCAUACUGGUGCAGUGCUUCAUCUCCGCCCUGGCCAACAUCUACAAUGAAAAGAUACUGAAAGAAGGAGGCCAGUUCAGUGAAAACAUCUUCGUACAGAACACCAAGCUGUACCUCUUUGGAGCCGUGUUCAACGCCCUGAUUCUGAGCUUGCGCCCCGAAAACAGGCGCAGGAUAGAACACUGUGGGUUCUUCUAUGGGCACAAUGCGUUCUCCGUCGCCCUUAUUUUCGUCACUGCCUUCCUGGGGCUCUCUGUGGCUUUCAUCUUGAAGUUCCGAGACAACAUGUUUCACGUCCUGUCUGCACAGGUCACCACCGUGAUCAUCACCACCGUGUCUGUCUUUGUUUUUGACUUCAAGCCUUCCCUGGAGUUCUUCCUGCAAGCUCCUGUGGUGCUCUUGUCCAUUUUCAUCUACCAUUCCAGCAGCCCUCGAUGCGUGGAAUACACCGCCCAGUGGGAGCGGAGCAAAGUCGGCGGAGGGCCCUGGGAGCGCUCCAAUGGGGAUGGAGAAGAACUCGAGAGACUUACGAAGCAAGACAGUGACCAUGAUUCAGAAGAAGAGGCCUUAUAGCCUGGCUUUGGAUUUUUGAAGUACAGACAUUCUUAUUUAAGAAAAUGAAGUUUUACCCUGGGGUGGGGGGGGAGGUUCGGACCAUGACCAACAGGUGGAAGUGUCUUCUUUCUUUUUCGCUAAGGUGGGAUUUUAAAUUGUGUUUCAUAAAGCUGUGCAAGGUAAUAUAUUAGGUACUGUGAAGGGGUCUUGACAAGGGAAGGGACCUAUUCCUAGAGGAUGAGGAUAAUGCUAUUGGUGGCUCUUAAUGAGGACUCCAGGAUCAAAUCCAGGUGCCUCUGAAUACCUCUUGUUGGGGAUUAGCAGCCUUCAUGUCCUGCUCAUGGGCUUCUCAUAGUCAUCAGGUUGGCCACGGUGAGAAGUGGGAUGCUGCGCUUUUGGUCUGAUCCAGCACAGCUGCUCUUACGUACUUGACUUCUGUAGUUCAUGAGAGUGAAGAAUUCCUGCAGAAAGAGAGCGGCCGGCAAUGGUUGCUAGUUCAGAAUGCUUUGGAUGAAGAGACGUAGAACAGGAAGCAUCACUUGGAACUUUCUCACUUGGUUCUUUCACAUGAAUGUAAGAAAGCAUUAAUGCUGCUGAAGUUAACCGAGAUACCUUGGUUCAGAGCAAAUGCAAAUGAAGAAUCAAUAGAUGGAGCCUUGGAGGCUGUUCAUCUUACAGUAUUCUGGAGAUAAGAGCUGUCAAACUAUUCGCAAUUGUAUGCCACAAACACCUAAGGAUUUACUCAUAUUUCAGGGGUACUUGAAACAAUGUCAAAUGUGUCUUUAGCACCAUGUGUGUAUGCUGUUGCCACUCAUGGUUCCUGACACACAUUUCUGUGAUUUGUACAGUUGAAGAAGUACAUUUGUCAGACGCACAACUAUGCUUUUAGAUGUAUAUUUAAACUGUUUUACAGGAGCAGCUUUAAAGUAAUGGGCUGUCCACAGUGCUAGUCCUACCCAGAGUGGACCACUGAAAUUACUGGACAUAAACUAGUCGUAGUCCUUAAUUUCAGUGGUUCUGCUCUUGGAUAGGAGUAGCAUUGGAUACCACUGGUACCGUGUGAAGUGGGGCUCAGUGGUGGAUGCAGUUGAAGUAUAUUAAUCCAAGCUCACGUAUUGAAGAACAUUAUAUACCCUCCUGGUGUUAUGGUGCUAUGUUUUACACGUGAUUAUUAGGUAUCCUUAUACUUGAACCUGAAAGUUGUCGUUGGUAUAUCUAAUGCUGCUUCUAAAGCAAAGGUGGGAAUGUUGGGACUCCCAACUCCCAUCAGUCUACCCAAAAUUGCCAGUGGUAAAGUAAUGGUAGAGUUGCAGUCCAGCAACAUUUGGAGGGCCAUAGGUUCCCCACCCACGCUGUGUGGGCUCAUGAUGAUUUUCUCCCCUCAUUGUCACAAAUCAACAUAGCCAUCCCGCUGAUGGAUCCUUAGAACCCAAUGAGCUUCUUCACAUUUUCAAAUGUGAAAAGUGCCCGAAUUAGGAGCACAGGGUAUGCACAAGUUCCUUUCAUCUGUGUGCAGCCCUUUUACACGAGCUGCGAAACAAACCAGGAAGCUGCACUUAAUCAUCGUUUCCCAUGACAAUUCCAUCUCACUGACUAUAGUUAACAGCUUCCAGAUCAGCCAAGAUUCAAAAGCCAACUUUAAACUAUGGUUUCAUAUCCUGUCUUCUUUAGAAGUCACUAACCGUAUUUUCCUAGUUUGAAUGUAUCAGGAAGAUGAUGUAUUAACUGAAACUUCCUGGUUUGUUUCAGAGCUCGUGUAAAAGGGCUGCACACAGAUGAAAGGAACUUGUGCCUUUACUGGCCUAUUCUUGCCACUUGAAAUGGCAAGCUGCAGUGCCUCUCCAUAUUUGAUUUUGGCAUAAGUGCCCACUCUGCCUUUGUCCCUUAGUUUUUUCUCUUGUCCUUUUUAAUGCCUGUCUCUGUGUAAAACACAACUUAGAACUUUUAACAAUGCCUGCAACCCUUUUGUUAAGUAUGAUUCAAGGAAAUGCAUGUUUUGUAAUUUAACUAGGGUUCAAUCAGGGAUGAGACUAUGUAUAAAGGAAAUAGUAUCAAUAGAAAUGGGGCGAGGAGGUCAAGUGUUUCUGAUUCCUUUUCUCUUGUAUUUUUGGUUGGGGGGCUGCAAUAUAAUUUGAAAAUCUUGGUAAUACUUGAACUGUCACAGCUUCAGUUUUACACUUCUAGCCCAAGUCCCUAUUUGCCAAA